AUUCAGGGCUGCUGCUUGCGCCAAAUAUUUCUUUUCUGAUACAGCAAAGUCCCUGCUCCUUUCCAAACGGCCUUUCUUUGCUGCCCCUUCGCUCCCACAAAGCCGCUUUUCCGGUGUCCGCCGUGCGCCACCCUGCGAGCAGGCGGAGAGACUCCCGGCAUGAGCUGCCUUCGGCAGCUGAAUUCUCGGCACCAGCACGAAAGGCGGCCGCUAUGCCGGGAAGGGGGGCAGGGGGCAGAAGAAGUGCCCGCUGGGCGGAGGUGAAAGCGAAGCGCCUGUGAGCCGCCGGGCGAGGACGAGAAGGCGACCCUGCGGUGCAGACAGCAGUGGCUGCGUGGCGAGCAGCCGGCAGCCCGCGGCAGCAGCGCCGCCAUAGCCACGCGCCCCCGCCCGGCCGGCCAAGGGCACCGUGCGCGUCUCCGGUGCGGUCGGGAGGCUUCCGCCAGGCCCCGUCCGCCGGCCCGGUUCCCUCACAAGCCCGGAGGGAGGCGAAGCAAGGAAGGAACUAUACUUCAGGAACCUUUCCAAGCAGAAACAAAAGCACGUAAUGGAGAAAAAUGGGAACAAACAGAAGCUCCGGGUUUGUGUUGCUACCUGUAAUCGGGCUGAUUAUUCCAAGUUGGCCCCAAUCAUGUUUGGCAUUAAAGCAGAGCCAGAGUUCUUUGAGCUGGAUGUCGUGGUUCUGGGCUCCCACCUGAUUGACGACUAUGGUAACACUUACCGUAUGAUUGAACAGGAUGACUUUGACAUCCACACCAGGUUGCACACAAUAGUGAGAGGAGAAGAUGAGGCGGCCAUGGUGGAGUCUGUAGGCCUGGCCUUGGUCAAAUUACCAGAUGUCCUCAAUCGCCUGAAGCCUGAUAUAAUGAUAGUCCACGGGGACAGGUUUGAUGCUCUGGCAGUAGCUACCUCUGCAGCCUUAAUGAACAUUCGGAUUCUUCACAUUGAAGGCGGAGAAGUCAGUGGGACCAUAGAUGAUUCCAUCAGGCAUGCCAUCACCAAACUGGCUCACUACCAUGUCUGUUGCACCAGGAGUGCGGAGCAGCAUUUGAUUUCUAUGUGUGAAGACCAUGACCGCAUCCUCCUGGCAGGGUGCCCUUCGUAUGAUAAGUUGCUGUUGGCCAAAAAUAAGGACUACAUGAGCGUUAUCCGCAUGUGGUUAGGUGAAGAUGUGAAACCCAAGGACUAUAUAAUUGCUUUACAGCACCCAGUGACCACAGACAUUAAACAUUCCAUAAAGAUGAUUGAACUGACUAUGGAUGCCCUCAUCUCUUUUAACAAGAGGACGUUGGUUUUAUUCCCCAAUAUUGAUGCAGGGAGCAAAGAAAUGGUUCGGGUAAUAAGGAAAAAAGGUGUUGAGCACCACCCAAAUUUCCGAGCGGUAAAGCAUGUUCCUUUUGACCAGUUCAUUCAGUUGCUGGCUCAUGCAGGCUGCGUGAUCGGGAACAGCAGCUGUGGAGUGCGAGAAGUCGGGGCAUUUGGUACUCCUGUCAUCAAUCUUGGAACUCGACAGAUAGGAAGAGAAACAGGUGAGAACGUCCUUCAUGUUCGUGAUGCUGACACUCAAGACAAAAUACUGCAGGCUCUGCAUCUCCAGUUUGGGAAACAAUAUCCAUGUUCAAAAAUCUAUGGAGAUGGGAAUGCAGUUCCAAGAAUUGUGAAAUUCCUUAAGUCGCUGGACCUUCAGGAGCCCAUUCAGAAGAAAUUCUGUUUCCCUCCUGUAAAGGAAAGCAUUUCCCAAGAUAUUGAUCAUAUCCUAGAAACCCAGAGUGCACUGGCAGUGGAUCUGGGUGGAACAAACCUUCGGGUAGCAAUUGUCACCAUGGAGGGUGAGAUAGUGAAGAAAUACACACAGCUCAACCCCAAAACCUAUGAGGACAGAAUACAACUGAUCCUUAAGAUGUGUGUAGAGGCUGCCUCAGAAGCAAUAAAUCUGAAUUGCAGAAUUCUGGGUGUGGGCAUUUCUACAGGUGGACGGGUAAAUCCAAGGGAAGGCGUAGUUCUUCAUUCCACGAAACUGAUUCAGGAGUGGAGCGCUGUUGAUCUGCGGACUCCAAUAUCAGACGCUCUGCAUCUGCCCGUGUGGGUGGACAAUGAUGGCAACUGUGCAGCUCUGGCAGAGAGAAAAUUUGGGCAAGGAAAAGGAGUGGAGAACUUUAUAACCCUCAUCACUGGAACAGGUAUUGGUGGUGGAAUCAUUCACCAGAAGGAGUUGAUCCAUGGAAGCUCGUUUUGUGCUGCAGAGCUCGGGCACAUUGUGGUGGCUCUGGAUGGACCUGAGUGCCUAUGUGGGAGCCAUGGGUGCAUAGAAGCCUAUGCUUCGGGAAUGGCCUUGCAGAGAGAAGCGAAGAAAUUGCAUGAUGAGGAUUCAUUGUUAUUUGGAGGGUUGUCUAUAAAGAAGGAAGAGACAAUAACCGCUGCACAUCUCAUUCAAGCAGCUAAGCUGGGAAAUCCAAAAGCUGACAAUAUUGUUAGAACAGCUGGGACCGCUCUGGGCCUUGGAGUAGUGAACAUCCUGCACACCAUUAACCCUUCCCUCGUGAUACUUUCUGGUGUCUUGGCCAGCCAUUAUGUCAGCACUGUCAAGGACGUGAUCCGCCAGCGGGCCUUGUUCUCUGUGCAGGCGGUGGAUGUGGUUGUCUCAGACUUGGUGGACCCUGCCUUGCUCGGAGCAGCCAGUAUGGUUCUGGAUUACACCACACGCAGGGUGUGCUAGACCCCCAGCAAAACAGCAGAACUAGAUGACUGGGGUGUUUAGUGGCUCUUUUGAAUAAUAUUUCUUACUGAUAUCAGCUUUCUUUUUUAAUUAGGUAGCAGGUCCUUCAGAAUUUUCUUGUCCCAAAUAGUUUUUCCCUGUUUUUUUCAAAGUGCAAUUUCCUCGUAUGCAGGAAGAUUACAAGAUACUAGAACAGUGACAAACAGAAAGACUAUCUCACAGACUUUUCACAAACUGAAUGAUUCUUGGGGAAGCCUGUAUUUCAGACCUCUAAAAAUAAAGCUGGGGGUGUUAACUUCC